UGGCCUUGAGGAUGACGUUAUACUCAAUCAUUCUGCCCACCUACAAUGAAAAGGAAAAUCUCCCCAUUAUUACAUGGAUCAUUGAUGAGGUUAUGAAUAAGAGUGGCUUUCCCUACGAACUAAUAAUCGUUGACGACAACAGUCCAGAUGGGACAGGUGAAGUUGCUAAAAAGUUACAAUCUAUUUUUGGAGGAAAUAAAAUAAUUCUUAAACCAAGAAGUGGAAAAUUAGGACUAGGUUCAGCUUAUUUGCAUGGUUUGAAGUUUGCAAAAGGUGAUUUUGUUAUCAUUAUGGACGCGGAUUUAUCACACCACCCAAAAUUUAUUCCUGAGUUCAUUAAAUUACAAAAGCAACAUGAUUACGAUAUUGUUACUGGGACACGAUAUGCAUCUAACGGAGGUGUAAGUGGCUGGGAUUUGAAGCGUAAACUUAUCAGCCGUACGGCAAACUACAUAGCUCAAGUAUUACUACGACCGAAAGCAUCCGAUUUAACUGGAAGUUUUAGACUAUACAAAAAAGCAGUUUUACAGGAUUUAGUUUCGCGUUGUACUUCACGUGGUUAUGUUUUUCAAAUGGAAAUGAUAGUAUUAGCCUCUUCACUUGGUUACAAAAUUGGUGAGGUUGGAAUUACAUUUGUAGAUCGAUUUUAUGGAGAGUCAAAACUUGGUGGAACAGAAAUUAUUCAGUAUAUAAUGGGAUUAUUACAUCUUUUCUGUACUUGUUAAUUUUCCUUUUUUUGAAAAAAAAACGUAAUUAUAAUUCUACUGUAUGUACUCGGUUUAGAUAAUAAGAAUUUUUCCGAUGCCUCA